AUGCUUAGUCUUGCGAAUGCGCACAGUAAGUACUUGUGACUAUAUUGGCAAGAUGGGAAGGACAUCAAUACAGAUGUUCUAUCUAGCCCUCUCAGGCUGUUGUCAUAUCUCUGGAGUGGCUAGGUUUUGGCAGAGCUGUCACAAUACCACACAGCGAGGAGAGAUACUGCUGCAGGAGACACCACAACAACUCUCUCUCUCUCCCCUUCCCCUCUCUCUUUCUCCCCCUCUCUCCUGUGUGUGCCUUUCCUCUCUCUCAUCCCUCAUCUGUUUCUCACCACUUCUUAUCAUUCCAAACGUGUUCUCUCUCUCUUUCCCUACUCUCUCCAGCUUCAUCUAUUUCCCCAUGUUUUCUUUCUCUCUCCCCUCUUUCCCCUGCUCCCUCUCCCCGUUCUCUCUCUCUCUCUCUCUCUCUCUCUCUCUCUCGUUCUGUGUUCAGUGAGCAGGAAUGACGGCCUCAGUGGCUGGAUCAAUGAAGACUCUAAUCAUAAGCCGUAAACUCACCACAUCCCUCUCUCCCUCCCUCUCUCUCUGUUUUUAUCUCCAUCGCUCUUUCUCUCUGACACCCUGUUAUUGCCUCUUCCCUCGUUCCCGUCACUAUCAUCAAUACCAAUGCUGUCAGCCUGUGUGUAGCUAUUUGUCGGUUUGUUGUGUGUGUUUGUGUUUGUCUUUGUGAGUGUAUGUUUGUUUUUUAGGGGUGAUGGGGUAGAGCUUGAGGCUGAGGAUUGUGUGUGUCUGUCUGUGUCUGUGUGUGUGUGUGUGUGUGUGUGUGUGUGUGUGUGUGUGUGUGUGUGUGUGUGUGUGUGUGUGUGUCACAUGAAUAAUACACAUUGCUACUGAACAAAGCACUGUGGGCUCAGCUCCUGAUCUCAGACAUGCACUACAGACAUACACACUCCUUGCAUGCCCUUGAUUACACUCGUCGCUAUGCACACACACACACACACACACACACACACACACACACACACACACACACACAUAUACACUCUCACAUUGGAUACAUUUCACACAAACAUUCAAACACAUUCAUACACACCACAGGAGGUUGGUGGCACCUUAAUUUGGGAGGACGGGCUCAUGUUAAUGACUGGAGCAGGAUAAGUGGAAUGGUAUCAAAUACAUCAAACACAUGGUUUCCAUGGUUUCCAUGUGUUUGAUGCCAUUCUAUUUGCUCCGUUCCAGCCAUUAUAAUGAUACGUCCUCCCCUCAGCAGCCUCCACUGAUACACACCUCAAACCAACAGUGAGAAGGUUAAGACACACUCUACUGGGUGAAACAGGAACAACACGAGAUAGAGAGGGCCUGGGCCAGCACCCUGCAUCUAAAUGUAAUCAUCCUGUUUGGCGUAUUGUACUGAUGAUGAUUCAUAUUUAUUUAGAAACCCUAUUGCUCAGUAGGAGAGGAGGGGGAGGUGAGGGGUGAGUGGUAAGAUUAGAGGGGGAGUAGGGGGUUGCUGUCUCUUCUCCUCUCUGUGGCUGGCUAGAGAGGUUUUUUGGCGGCGGCUGAAACCUUUUAUGCUGUCUCCUGUCUCCUGGUGUCUCCACAGCCAGACCCAGGCCCCAGCCCAGCAGGCUGUCUGUGGAGACAUCAGGAGACAGGAGACAGGACAGUACAGGCCAGGCUGGCUGCAGGACUGCUAGGCUCCAGCAUGCUGGUAUUAAUAUUGAUAUAACAGUCCUCAUAACUAAGGCCAUAACACUGGUCCUAAAACUAUCAGUGGGGAAAAAAAGUAGCUACUGGGUUUCUGCAUUCCAGAACUCUCUGGAACACUUCAGAACUCACACCAGAAACGUAUACUGGUCUAAUAAGAGAAGAGGCACAUGGUCAAAAAAUAUUAAUAUAUGGUGACAGCAUUUUUGUUAGUCGUAAAGCCUUUGGAAAAGCGUCAGCCUCAUCUUCUUUCUCUGUGUUUUUGGAUGAUGAGUAUUUGGUCACCUACAAACAAGCAAGAUUUCUGGCUCUCACAGACCUGUAACUUCUUCUUUAAGAGGCUCCUCUGUCCUCCACUCGUUACCUGUAUUAAUGGCACCUGUUUGAACUUGUUAUCAGUAUAAAAGACACCUGUCCACAAUCUCAAACAGUCACACUCCAAACUCCACUAUGGCCAAGACCAAAGAGCUGUCAAAGGACACCAGAAACAAAAUUGUAGACCUGCACCAGGCUGGGAAGACUGAAUCUGCAAUAGGUAAGCAGCUUGGUUUGAAGAAAUCAACUGUGGGAGCAAUUAUUAGGAAAUGGAAGACAUACAAGACCACUGAUAAUCUCCCUCGAUCUGGAGCUCCACGCAAGAUCUCACCCGUGGGGUCAAAAUGAUCACAAGAACGGUGAGCAAAAAUCCCAGAACCACACGGGGGGACCUAGUGAAUGACCUGCAGAGAGCUGGGACCAAAGUAACAAAGCCUACCAUCAGUAACACACUACGCCGCCAGGGACUCAAAUCCUGCAGUGCCAGACGUGUCCCCCUGCUUAAGCCAGUACAUGUCCAGGCCCGUCUGAAGUUUGCUAGAGUGCAUUUGGAUGAUCCAGAAGAGGAUUGGGAGAAUGUCAUAUGGUCGGAUGAAACCAAAAUAGAACUUUUUGGUAAAAACUCAACUCGUCGUGUUUGGAGGACAAAGAAUGCUGAGUUGCAUCCAAAGAACACCAUACCUACUGUGAAGCAUGGGGGUGGAAACAUCAUGCUUUGGGGCUGUUUUUCUGCAAAGGGACCAGGACGACUGAUCCGUGUAAAGGAAAGAAUGAAUGGGGCCAUGUAUCGUGAGAUUUUGAUCAGUCUUACAGUCUCGUGAGAUUUUGAUCAGUCUUACAAGGGGGGGGGGGGGGGGGGGGGGCUGAUGACAGGGGAAAGAGAAAGAGUGUGAGGAAAAGUGAGAGGAUGAGAUAGUGGAUGGGGAGGAGGAGAGAAAGACAGUACAGGAGAGAGGGAUAGAGGGAGAGACUGUAAGACUGGUUGAAAUGAUGUCCGCUCCUGAGCCAGGGAGAGAAUAGAGCUGUGCUGACAUGUUCCAGCAGGCAGAGAGCAAUACUGUCAUGCCUCAUAGACUCCCAGCUUUAUAGUGAACACACUGUUAUCCAGCAGACUAAAGAUACAGCUUCAUCACAAGGCCUUGUGCUGAAAUGUUCCCAUUAGACAGUUUCAGCUAUAUCCUUUGUUCUUGUUUAUUUUGUUGUUGUUAUCACCAUGGAAAGCGUUUGAUGGACAUGUCUGUGAACCAGUGAUAUCUCUCUUUACAGGCAGCCUGGGGGCAGAUACUGAGGAGCGGUUGGUGGAGCACCUGUUAAACCCCGCCCACUAUAACAAACUGAUCCGCCCAGCGACCAAUGGCUCGGAGCUGGUGACGGUUCAGCUGAUGGUGUCACUGGCCCAGCUCAUCAGCGUGGUGAGCGUGUCUGUGUGUGUGAGUGUGUGUGUGUGGGUGUGUUUGUGUGUGGUGAAUCAUACUCUGUCUCUAACCCACCCACCUUAGAAAAUAACCCCCCCACCCCCUUUCUAUUGCAGCAUGAGAGAGAGCAGGUCAUGACCACCAACGUAUGGCUCACACAGGUCAGUUACACUGUCUUCACCUCUCUCUCCUUACCCCUCUGUCUUCACCUCUCUCUCCUUACCCCUCUGUCUUCACCUCUCUCUCCUUAUCCCUCUGUCUUCACCUCUCUCUCCUUACCCCUCUGUCUUCACCUCUCUCUCCUUAUCCCUCUGUCUUCACCUCUCUCUCCUUACCCCUCUGUCUUCACCUCUCUCUCCUUAUCCCUCUGUCUUCACCUCUCUCCUUAUCCCUCUGUCUUCACCUCUCUCUCCUUAUCCCUCUGUCUUCACCUCUCCUUACCCCUCUGUCUUCACCUCUCUCUCCUUAUCCCCUCUGUCUUCACCUCUCUCUCCUUACCCCUCUGUCUUCACCUCUCUCUCCUUACCCCUCUGUCUUCACCUCUCUCUCCUUAUCCCUCUGUCUUCACCUCUCCUUACCCCUCUGUCUUCACCUCUCUCUCCUUAUCCCUCUGUCUUCAUCCUCUCUCUCCGUACCCCUCUGUCUUCACCUCUCCUUACCCCUCUCUAUCACUUCACCUCUCUCUCCUUAUCCCUCUGUCUUCACCUCUCUCUCCUUACCCCUCUGUCUUCACCCUCUCCUCUCCUUAUCCCUCGUGUCUUCACCUCUCUCUCCUUACCCCUCUGUCUCUCACCUCUCUCCGCCUUAUCCCUCUGUCUUCACCUCUCUCUCCUUACCCCUCUGUCUUCACCUCUCUCUCCUUAUCCCUCUGUCUUCACCUCUCCUUACCCCCUCUGUCUUACCCUCUCCUUUAUCCCUCUGUCUUCACUUCUCUCUCCUUACCCCCUCUGUCUUCACCUCUCUCUCCUUACCCUCUGUCUUCACCUCUCUCUCUCCUUAUCCCUCUGUCUUCACCUCUCCUACCCCCUCUGUCUUCACCUCUCUCUCCUUAUCCAUCUGUCUUCAUCUCUCUCUCCGUACCCCUCUGUCUUCACCUCUCCUUACCCCUCUAUCUUCACCUUCUCCUCCUCCUCCUUUAUCCCCCUUCACCUCUCUCUCCUACCCCCUGUCUCACCCCUCUCUCUCCUUAUCCCCUGUCUUCACCUCCCUCCACCCCUCUGUCUUCACCUCUCCUCCUACCCUCUGUCUUCACCUCUCCUCUCCCUUUCCCCUCUUCCCCUCUCUUCCGUACCCCUCUGUCUUCAAACCCUCUCUUAUCCCUCUGUCUUCCCCCUCUCCUCCGUACCCCUCUGUCUUCACCCUCCUUACCCCUCUGUCUUCACCUCUUUUCCUUAUCCCCUGUCUUCACCUCUCUCUCCUUACCCCUCUAUCUUCACCUCUCUCUCGUACCCCUCUGUCUUCACCUCUCCUUAUCCUCUGUCUCACCUCUCUCUCCUUAUCCCCUUUCCUUCACCUCUACCUCUUCCCUUUCUGUCUUCACCUCUCUCUCCUUAUCCCUUGUCUUCAACCAUCUUCUCUCCUUACCCCUCUGUCUUCACCUCUCUUAUCCCUCUUCUUCACCUCUCUCUCUCCUUACCCCUCUGUCUUCACCUCUCUCUCCUUACCCCCCUUAUCUUACACCUCUCUCUCUUACCCCUCUGUCUUCCUCUCUCUCCUUACCCCUACUCUUUCCCUCUCUCUUACCCCUUUCUUUCACCCUCUCUCUUCCCCUCUAUCUUUCACCUCUCUCUCCUUACCCCUCUGUCUUCACCUCUCCUCUCCUCUUUCCCCUAUUUCCUCUUCUACCUCCUCUCCUUAUCCCUCUGUCUUCCCUUCUUUCCUCUUACCACCUCUUCUUUCUUCACUCUCUCUCCUCUCUUCCCUCUGUCUUCACCUCUCCUUACCCCCUGUCUUCACCUCUCUCUCCUUAUCCCUCUGCUCAGCUCCCCCUCCUUACCCCGUCUUCAACCCUCUCCUUCCUUACCCCUCCCCUCUUCUUCACCUCUCUCUCCUAAACCCUCUGUCUCAACUCUCUCUCCUAUCCCUCUGUCUUGAACCAUCCUUUCCCUGACCCCUCCCCUCUGUCCCCAUUCACCUCCCUCCCUACCGCCUACUGUCUUAACCUCUCUCUCCUUACCCCUCUGUCUUCACCUCUCUUAUUCCCCCUUUCCCUCCUAAUCCUCUUACCUCUGUUACUCUCCUUAAUCCUCUCAUUCCACCCUCUCUCCUACCCUUCUUCCCUUCUCUCUCUACACUCUCUCCUUAUCCCUCUGUCUUCACCUCUCUCUCCUUAUCCCUCUGUCUUCACCUCUCUCUCCUUAUCCCUCUGUCUUCACCUCUCUCUCCUUAUCCCUCUGUCUUCACCUCUCCUUAUUCCAACAAACAACAGACAAGAUAAUUACCAUGCCUUUCUAAAUUUACAUUUACAUUUAACAUUUACAUUUAAGUCAUUUAGCAGACGCUCUUAUCCAGAGCGACUUACAGUUAGUGCAUACAUUACUGAAGAAUGAAGAAUGUUUGAUGAUGUACCAUGGUAUAUAAAUGCGUUGUUAUGUCAAUACCCGACUUCAUUAAAUGUACAUUUAAGAAUGAAUGCAAGGAUGCUCUCCUUUCUGUUAAUUGAUAACUCUGUGAAUUGCAUCGCGCAAGAACACAUUUGUUCAUUCUGCCGCUAAGUUAGGAAUAGGCAUGGUCAAACAAUCCAAUCUGAACCAGUGGGGGGAUGAAAAUACCUGUCCCUGUAUCAGUCUCCUACAACUAAACUCAGACAUUCUGAUCAUUCAAUGGGAACAUGAACACAUUACCAGAGUUUCCCAGUCAGGUUCUUUCAAAGUUCCCCCCAGAUCUUUCCAGGAGUGUUGCAGUACAGUACAGUACAUUGCUACCCAGCAUCCCAUUGCAGUAUGUGGCAGAGAGAGACACAGUUCUGUGAAGGGUAUUGUUGUGAGGGACUAAUCCUGCCAUGCUCCUGAGCUCUGACCCUCUUAUACCCUCCCUGUGUGUCUGCAGCUGGGGCCUGCAAUACAACGUACUGCCCACUGGACAGGUUCACACACACACACAGCUGUAAAUGCACCAAUGUGUAUAAAUCAGUUAUGAACAAACCAGCUGGAAACCUGUUUGUGUGUGUCUGCUUGUGUGUACGUAUGUGCAUGUGUGUGUGUGUGUGAUUGAUGGUCUGUAGUUGAACAGAGAAUGAGCAUCAGUGUUUUAUGAGGCCCUUGGUCGUAGCCAAGAGGAGAUGCCAAGGACACCAGUCCUGAGCCAAGAGAGCCACUGCUAUCACUUUCACCACCAUUAUGGGUCUGAAAGCCCUAUGACAUCACAGUUACAGAACCACCAUUCUAGCUCGGAUAAUACCACAACACAUCACUGUUUCACAGAACCACCAUUUUCAAGUCGUAUAGCCUCUGAGAUCAUGGCCAUUAUGGCUCUACAUGGCAUAUACUGUAACAAUAACAGUUACAGAGCCCCCAUUGUAAAUGGCUAUUAAGGUUUUUCUACUGCCCUAACAGCCAUAGAGUCACUGCUAUCCAGGCCAUUAUGGCUCUUAAUACAGCACAGUUACAGGGCUACUACCAUCAAUGUCAUAGAGGCUACACCAUUAUGGUUCAUAAUACAGCACAGUUACAGGGCUACCACCAUCAAUGUCAUAGAGGCUACGUCAUUAUGGUUCAUAAUAUAGCACAGCUACAGGGCUACCACCAUCAAUGUCAUAGAGGCUACACCAUUAUAGUUCAUAAUACAGCACAGUUACAGGGCUACCACCAUCAAUGUCAUAGAGGCUACACCAUUAUAGUUCAUAAUACAGCACAGCUACAGGGCUACCACCAUCAAUGUCAUAGAGGCUACACCAUUAUAGUUCAUAAUACAGCACAGUUACAGGGCUACCACCAUCAAGGUCAUAGAGGCUAUGCCAUUAUGGUUCUAAAUGCACACUAAGAGCAUGUCAGUGACUGACCCACACUCACACACCUUCAAUCAUGUGUGCCUGGGAGGCAAACUCGCACACACAGAUGCCCAGACACACAUACAUGCACACGUACUGCAGUCACACACACCGUCUGGAUACCUCCUUGGCAGGCGGCCAUUUCAAUCAGGAUGAUUAGAUGUGUGUUUAUGAGUGUUUUUAACUGACUUACUAUAGGGUCAUGGUAGACAUUAGUGCUUCUGUCUUACAUUUCUAAUUAAUAGAGCUGAGCUAUCACACUGUUCCUUGACAGGACAGUAAAGGUCUCUAUGGGAAAAUAUUUACAUAAAGAUCAUUAUGGAAAGUAAAGAUGCAUUUCGCUGAGCGUUAUUUCAAAAGUGAAGCUCACAGCAACUGUUUGUGGGUCUCACACUCUUAUAUGACUUUUGAUUGGUCACUAACUCUCCUUCUGCUCUGUGAUUGGUUACUGACAAACUUCUCAGCUAUGUGAUUGGUCACUAACUCUGUUCUCUGCUCUAUGAUUGGUUACUAACAAUCUUCUCAGCUGUGUGAUUGGUCACAAAAUCUUUUCUCUGCUCUGUGAUUGGUGUCCAGGAGUGGCAGGACUACCGUCUGACGUGGGUCCCUGAGGAGUUUGAUGGCAUGGAGAAGGUCAGACUGCCUUCCAAACACAUCUGGCUGCCCGACGUUGUACUGUAUAACAAGUGAGUUACACACACACAAUUGAAAUACUAUUUUAAUCCACAAAUCACAUUACAGUCAAGAAGGAUCCAAACAUUUUAAAGACAUGGGCUGGACACUUGUGGAUACAGAAAGCACCUUCUUCUCCAAACAGCUAAGCUGCCCAUGCUGCUGACACAGAGCAGUACUUAGCUAGCUGCUUUGCCUUUGUCCUAUGCAGACCGGCAAUCUGGAGGCCACGUACUGUCAGCCUAUGUACACUAUCAGUCAACAGUUUGGACACACCUACUCAUUCAAGGGUUUUUCUUUAUUUUUUACAAAUGUUUACAUUGUAGAAUAAUAGUGAAGACAUCUAAACUAUGAAAUAACACAAUGGAAUCAUGUAGUAACCAAACAAGUGUUAAAUAAAUCAAAAUAUAUUUUAUAUUUGAGAUUCUUCAAAUAGCCACCCUUUGCCUUGAUGACAGCUUUGCACACUCUUGGCAUUCUCUCAACCAGCUUCAUGAUGUAGUCACCUGGAAUGCAUUUCAAUUAACAGGUGUGCCUUCUUAAAAGUUAUUUUGUGGAAUUGAUUUCCUUCUUAAUGUGUUUGAGCCAAUCAGUUUCGUUGUGACAAGGUAGGGAGGGUAUACAGAAGAUAGCCCUAUUUGGUAAAAUACCAAGUCCAUAUUAUGGCAAGAACAGCUCAAAUAAACUAAGAGAAACGACAGUCCAUUACUUUAAGACAUGAUGGUCAGUCAAUACGGAAAGUUUCUUCAAGUGCAGUCGCAAAAACAAUCAAGCGCUAUGAUGAAACUGGCUCUCAUGAGUAACAGACAAAUCUCAACAUCAACUGUUCAGAGGGGACUGUGUGAAUCAGGCCUUCAUGGUCGAAUUGCUGCAAAGAAACCACUACUAAAGGACACCAAUAAGAAGAGGAGACCUGCUUGGGCCAAGAAACACAAGCAAUGGACAUUAGACCGGUGAAAAUGUGUCCUUUGGUCUGGAGUCCAAAUUGGAGAUUAUUGAUUCAAACCGCCGUGUCUUUGUGAGAUGCGGUGUGGGUGAACGGAUGAUCUCUGCAUGUGUAGUUCCCACCGUAAAGCAUGGAGGAGGAGGUGUUAUGGUGUAGGGGGUGCUUUGCUGGUGACACUGUCUGUGAUUUAUUUAGAAUUCAAGCCACACUUAACCAGCAUGGCUACCACAGCAUUCUGCAGCGAUACGCCAUCCCAUCUGGUUUGGGUUUAGUGAGACUAUCAUUUGUUUUUCAACAGGACAAUGAACCAACACACCUCCAGGCUGUGUAAGGGCUAUUUUACCAAGAAGGAGAGUGAUGGAAUGCUGCAUCAGAUGACCUGGCCUCAGCAAUCCCCCAACCUCAACCCAAUUGAGAUGGUUUGGGAUGAGUCGGACGGCAGACUGAAGGAAAAGCAGCCAACAAGUGCUCAGCAUAUGUGGGAACUCCUUCAAGACUGUUGGAAAAGCAUUCCAGGUGAAGCUGGUUGAGAGAAUGCCAAGAGUGUGCAAAGCUGUCAUCAAGGCAAAGGGUGGCUAUUUGAAGAAUCUCAAAUAUAAAAUAUAUUUUGAUUUGUUUAACACUUGUUUGGUUACUACAUGAUUCCAUAUGUGUUAUUUCAUAGUUUUGAUGUCUUAGCUAUUGUUCUACAAUGUAAAUUUUUUUUUAAAAAUAAAGAAAAAUCCUUGAAUGAGUAGGUUUGUCCAAACUUUUGUCUGGUACUGUACAUGGCCCAGACUCCCAAAUAUCAGCGCCACAAGUUUGCACUGAUAACCAACAAGGGGCUAGUGCUUCAGCAACUUGUCAGCAAAUGUCUGCUCCAUGUAGGAGUCAAAAGAGCAACCAACUUCCACAUACACACACACACACACAUACAGUGGGGAGAACAAGUAUUUGAUACACUGCCGAUUUUGCAGGUUUUCCUACUUACAAAGCAUGUAGAGGUCUGUAAUUUUUAUCAUAGGUACACUUCAACUGUGAGAGACGGAAUCUAAAACAAAAAUCCAGAAAAUCACAUUGUAUUAAUUUGCAUUUUAUUGCAUGACAUAAGUAUUUGAUCACCUACCAACCAGUAAGAAUUCCGGCUCUCACAGACCUGUUAGUUUUUCUUUAAGAAGCCCUCCUGUUCUCCACUCAUUACCUGUAUUAACUGCACCUGUUUGAACUUGUUACCUGUAUAAAAGACACCUGUCCACACACUCAAUCAAACAGACUCCAACCUCUCCACAAUGGCCAAGACCAGAGAGCUGUGUAAGGACAUCAGGGAUAAAAUUGUAGACCUGCACAAGGCUGGGAUGGGCUACAGGACAAUAGGCAAGCAGCUUGGUGAGAAGGCAACAACUGUUGGCGCAAUUAUUAGAAAAUGGAAGAAGUUCAAGAUGACGGUCAAUCACCCUCGGUCUGGGGCUCCAUGCAAGAUCUCACCUCGUGGGGCAUCAAUGAUCAUGAGGAAGGUGAGGGAUCAGCCCAGAACUACACGGCAGGACCUGGUCAAUGACCUGAAGAGAGCUGGGACCACAGUCUCUGUCAGAGUGGUGUGUGUAGAUGAGGAAGGAAUCAAGCGCAGGAAACCAGGAGGACUUUAACAGAACUUUAGUCAAAUCUGACACGACAAAUAAACGUCAACCCAACCGGGUGGCGCAAACAGAUUACGCACGAAACACUGUGCGGAGAAAAACAAGAAAAAGCGCACGCAGUGCGAACUCUCGUAACACAUACGAGAGACUCAAAUAUAUCGAGCAACAGCUGACAACAAGACAAUCACGCAUAACACCUGACCCAAACACACAAACUAAAUAAGGGAACAAUUAAGACACAAAUAAGGGACAGGUGUUAUGAACAGACAAAACCAAAUGAACAUGAAACAUAGAACGGUGGCAGCUAGUACUCCGGAGACGACGACCGCCGAAGCCUGCCCGAACAAGGAAGAGGAGCAGCCUCGGCCGAAACCGUGACAGUACCCCCCCCUUGACGCGCGGCUCCAGCCGUGCGCCGACCCGGAGCUCGGGGACGACCCGGACGACGCGGAGCAGGGCGCGCAGGAUGACCCCGAUGGAAAUCGGUCAGUAGGGACUGGUCUAAUACGUCCCUCCUUGGCACCCAGCACCGCUCCUCCGGGCCGUACCCCUCCCACUCCACGAGAUAUUGAAGACCCCCCAUCCGGCGUCUAGAGUCCAGGAUGGACCUCACGGUGUACGCCGGAGCCCCCUCGAUGUCCAACGGGGGCGGAGGAGUCUCCUCAAUCUCAAAGUCCUGGAGUGGACCAGCUACCACCGGCCUGAGGAGAGACACAUGGAACGAGGGGUUAAUAUUUUUGUAAUCAACAGGUAGUUCUAACCUAUAACUCACCUCGUUCAAUCUCCUCAGGACUUUAAAUGGCCCCACAAACCGCCGACCCAGCUUCCGGCAGGGCAGGCGGAGGGGCAGGUUUCUGGUUGAGAGCCAGACUCGAUCUCCAGGUGCGUACACUGGCCCCUCACUGCGGUGUAGGUCGGCGCUCGUCUUCUGUCGACGUAUGGCACGCUGCAGAUGGACGUGUGCAGCGUCCCACGUCUCCUCCGAGCGCCGCACCCACUCAUCCACAGCGGGGGCCUCGAUCUGGCUCUCAUGCCAUGGUGCCAGAACCGGCUGGUACCCUAACACACACUGAAAAGGGGUUAGUUGGGUGGAGGAGUGGCGAAGAGAGUUCUGUGCCAUCUCGGCCCAGGGCACAUAUCUCGCCCACUCCUCCGGCCGGCCCUGACAGUAUGACCUCAGAAACCUACCCACAUCCUGGUUGACACGUUCAACCUGCCCAUUACUCUCCGGGUGGUACCCCGAGGUAAGGCUUACCGAAACCCCCAACCGUUCCAUAAAUGCUCUCCACACUCUAGAGGUGAACUGGGGGCCUCGGUCAGACACUAUAUCCUCGGGUACCCCGUAAUGCCGGAAGACAUGGGUGAACAGAGCCUCAGCGGUCUGUAGGGCAGUGGGUAGACCCGGCAUGGGAAGGAGACGACAGGCCUUAGAGAACCGAUCCACAACGACCAGGAUGGUAGUAUUCCCCUGUGAGGGGGGAAGGUCGGUAACAAAAUCCACCGAGAGGUGGGACCAGGGUCGUUGUGGAAUAGGCAGGGGUUGUAACUUACCCCUGGGCAAAUGUCUGGGCGCCUUACACUGGGCACACACCGAACAGGAGGAGACAUAAAUCCUCACAUCCCUAGCUAACGUUGGCCACCAGUACUUCGUGCUAAGGCAGUGCACUGUCCGGCCGAUACCCGGAUGGCCAGAGGAGGGGGACGUAUGAGCCCAACAAAUGAGGCGAUCGCGUACCUCGAGCGGAACGUACGUCCGACCCACAGGACACUGUGGAGGACUCGGGUCGGUGCGUAACGCCCGCUCGAUCUCACCAUCAACCUCCCACACCACCGGAGCAACCAGACAAGACUCCGGUAGUAUGGGCGUGGACUCAACUGACCUCUCCUCUGCGUCAUACCGCCGAGACAGCGCAUCUGCCUUCCCGUUCUGGGACCCAGGGAUGUAUGUGAUCUUAAACACAAACCGGGCUAGGAACAUAGUCCAGCGAGCCUGGCGAGGAUUCAGUCUCCUAGCUGCCCGGAUGUACUCCAGGUUACGAUGGUCAGUUAGAAUGAGGAAAGGGUGUUGAGCCCCCUCGAGCCAAUGCCGCCACACCUUUAGGGCCUGUACCACGGCUAACAGCUCCCUGUCUCCUACGUCAUAAUUCCGCUCCGCCGGACUGAGCUUCUUAGAGUAGAACGCACAGGGACGGAGUUUAGGUGGAGUGCCAGAACGCUGGGAAAGAACGGCCCCUAUCCCGGCCUCUGACGCGUCCACCUCUACUUGGAACGGUAAAGAGGGAUCCGGAUGCGCCAACACCGGCGCCGAGGUAAACAGGUCCUUUAGUCUCCCAAAUGCCCUGUCCGCCUCAGCUGACCACCGCAAGCGCACCGGACCCCCCUUUAACAGAGACGUUAUGGGAGCUGCCACCUGUCCAAAACCCCGGAUAAACCUCCGGUAAUAAUUCGCAAAACCCAAGAACCGUUGCACCUCCUUCACAGUGGUUGGGAUCUGCCAAUUACGCACAGCUGUCACCCGGUCUACCUCCAUCUUCACCCCUGACGCAGAUAACUGGUAACCCAGAAAGGAGACCGACUUCUGGAAAAAACAGACAUUUCUCUGCCUUGACAUAUAGGUCAUGCUCCAACAGCCUCCUCAAUACUCGGCGCACCAGGGCUACAUGCUCAGCACGGGUAGGACUAUACACCAGAAUGUCGUCGAUGUACACAACUACUCCCUGUCCCUGCAUGUCCCGGAAAAUCUCAUCGACGAAGGAUUGGAAGACUGAGGGAGCAUUCAUCAACCCAUAUGGCAUGACUAGAUACUCGUAGUGUCCGGAAGUCGUGCUAAACGCUGUCUUCCAUUCAUCGCCCUCUCGAAUGCGCACCAAGUUAUAUGCGCUCCUAAGAUCCAAUUUUGUAAAGAACUGCGCACCGUGCAGUGACUCCGUCAUAGUCGCAAUCAGAGGAAGUGGAUAGCUGUACUUCACUGUGAUCUGAUUGAGACCGCGGUAAUCAAUACACGGGCGCAGACCUCCAUCCUUUUUCUUCACAAAAAAGAAACUUGAGGAAGCGGGUGAAACGGAGGCCCGUAUGUAUCCCUGCCUAAGAGACUCAGAGAUGUAUGUCUCCAUAGCCUUUCUCUCCUCUUGAGACAAGGGAUACACAUGGCUCCGCGGGAGAGCUGCUCCUGACUGGAGAUCUAUCGCACAAUCCCCCCGUCUAUGAGGCGGCAGCUGCGCCGCCCUAGUCUUACUGAACGCCAGUGCCAAAUCCUCAUACUCGGGGGGAAUCUGCAGUGCUGGCAUUAGAUUCGGACUCUCCACCGAGGUCGCCCCUAUGGAAACACCCAGACACCGCCCCUCACAUUGAGCAGACCACCCUUUAAGAGCUUUCUCUCGCCACCUAAUAAUAGGGUCAUGAGUCAUCAACCAGGGAAGACCCAGCACUACCGGAUACGCAGGAGAGUCAAUCAGAUAGAGCUGAAUUCUCUCCUCAUGACCCUCCUGCGCCGUCAUCUGAAUGGGUGCUGUGACUUCCCUAAUCAACCCAGACCCUAACGGACGGCUAUCUAGGGCAUGGACGGGGAAAGGCUUAUCCACUGGAAGGAGGGGAAUCCCUAACUCUAUACAGAACUGGCGAUCUACAAAAUUCCCAGCUGCGCCUGAAUCUACCAGCGCCUUAUGCUGGGAACGAGGUGCAACCUGUGGGAAACAAACAGGCAAGGUUAGGUGCACGACAGAAAGCUCUGGGUAAGCAGGGCGCCUACUCACCUGGGGGGACCCCCCAAUGCGUGACCUGCCAUCUCCCUCACUGGAGGACCCGCCCCAACACCUAGCCGCGGUGUGCCCUCCACGACCACAGUUGGUGCAAGGGCCGGGUCCCCUCGGGCUCCUCCUCCUCCGUUCCCUAGCGCCAGCACCUCCGAGCUCCAUAGGGCUCGGCUCGGAGGUGCUGGAGAGUGGAAUGGGCAAACCCCCCCCUCCGGGACGCCCACGGGUGGCGAGCAGGGUAUCCAGCCGGAUGGCCAUGUCGACCAGCUGGUCGAACGUCAACGACGUGUCCCUGCACGCCAACUCUCGCUGGACGUCCUCCCGGAGGCUGCAGCGGAAAUGGUCGAUAUGGGCCCGCUCAUUCCACCCUGCAUCAGCCGCUAGGGUCCGAAACUCUAAGGCAAAGUCCUGGGCGCUCCUCAUCCCCUGUCGGAGGUAGAAUAGACGUUCCCCCGCCGCCUUCCCUUCCGGUGGAUGGUCGAACACAGCACGGAAGCGGCGGGAGAACUCCGCAUAGUUCGUGGUCGCGGCGUCCAUUCUCCUCCACUCGGCGUUGGCCCACUCCAACGCCUUGCCGGUGAGACAGGAGAUGAGGGCUGAGACGCUCUCGUGUCCCGAGGGCGCCGGGUGUACGGUGGCGAGGUAGAGCUCCACCUGCAGCAGGAACCCUUGACACCCGGCAGUGGAGCCGUCGUACGCCCUCGGGAGCGAGAGCCGAAUCCCACUAGGUUCCGGAGAUGAGACAGGGGGGCUGACCGAUGGGGCUGGUUCGGUUGGUAGAGGUGUGGGAACCCCGCUGGUCUCCCAUCGGUGCAGAGUAUUCAUCACCCCCUCCAGGGCAUGACAGACCUGGUUGAUGCGGUCCUCCUGACCACGAAGACGUUCAGCCAUCUCGGCUGUUGGCGCGGUCGCUCCUGCUGAUUCCAUGGGUUGAUGCGUGAUUCUGUCAGAGUGGUGUGUGUAGAUGAGGAAGGAAUCAAGCGCAGGAAACCAGGAGGACUUUAACAGAACUUUAGUCAAAUCUGACACGACAAAUAAACGUCAACCCAACCGGGUGGCGCAAACAGAUUACGCACGAAACACUGUGCGGAGAAAAACAAGAAAAAGCGCACGCAGUGCGAACUCUCGUAACACAUACGAGAGACUCAAAUAUAUCGAGCAACAGCUGACAACAAGACAAUCACGCAUAACACCUGACCCAAACACACAAACUAAAUAAGGGAACAAUUAAGACACAAAUAAGGGACAGGUGUUAUGAACAGACAAAACCAAAUGAACAUGAAACAUAGAACGGUGGCAGCUAGUACUCCGGAGACGACGACCGCCGAAGCCUGCCCGAACAAGGAAGAGGAGCAGCCUCGGCCGAAACCGUGACAGUCUCAAAGAAAACCAUUAGUAACACACUACGCUGUCAUGGAUUAAAAUCCUGCAGCGCACGCAAGGUCCCCCUGCUCAAGCCAGCGCAUGUCCAGGCCCGUCUGAAGUUUGCCAAUGACCAUCUGGAUGAUCCAGAGGAGGAAUGGGAGAAGGUAAUGUGGUCUGAUGAGACAAAAAUAGAGCUUUUUGGUCUAAACUCCACUCGCCGUGUUUGGAGGAAGAAGAAGGAUGAGUACAACCCCAAGAACACCAUCCCAACUGUGAAGCAUGGAGGUGGAAACAUCAUUCUUUGGGGAUGCUUUUCUGCAAAGGGGACAGGACGACUGCACCGUAUUGAGGGGAGGAUGGAUGGGGCCAUGUAUCGCGAGAUCUUGGCCAACAACCUCCUUCCCUCAGUAAGAGCAUUGAAGAUGGGUCGUGGCUGGGUCUUCCAGCAUGACAACGACCCGAAACACACAGCCAGGGCAACUAAGGAGUGGCUCCGUAAGAAACAUCUCAAGGUCCUGGAGUGGCCUAGCCAGUCUCCAGACCUGAACCCAAUAGAAAAUCUUUGGAGGGAGCUGAAAGUCCAUAUUGCCCAGCGACAGCCCGAAACCUGAAGGAUCUGGAGAAGGUCUGUAUGGAGGAGUGGGCCAAAAUCCCUGCUGCAGUGUGUGCAAACCUGGUCAAGACCUACAGGAAACGUAUGAUCUCUGUAAUUGCAAACAAAGGUUUCUGUACCAAAUAUUAAGUUCUGCUUUUCUGAUGUAUCAAAUACUUAUGUCAUGCAAUAAAAUGCAAAUGAAUUACUUAAAAAUCAUACAAUGUGAUUUUCUGGAUUUUUGUUUUAGAUUCCAUCUCUCACAGUUGACGUGUACCUAUGAUAAAAAUUACAGACCUCUACAUGCUUUGUAAGUAGGAAAACCUGCAAAAUCGGCAGUGUAUCAAAUACUUGUUCUCCCCACUGUAUACAGUGGGGGAAAAAGUAUUUAGUCAGCCACCAAUUGUGCAAGUUCUCCCACUUAAUAAGAUGAGAGAGGCCUGUAACUUUCAUCAUAGGUACACGUCAACUAUGACAGACAAAUUGACAAUUUUUUUUCCAGAAAAUCACAUUGUAGGAUUUUUUAUGAAUUUAUUUGCAAAUGAUGGUGGAAAAUAAGUAUUUGGUCACCUACAAACAAGCUUUUCUGGCUCUCACAGACCUGUAACUUCUUCUUUAAGAGGCUCCUCUGUCCUCCACUCGUUACCUGUAAUAAUGGCACCUGUUUGAACUUGUUAUCAGUAUAAAAGACACCUGUCCACAACCUCAAUCAGUCACACUCCAAACUCCACUAUGGCCAAGACCAAAGAGCUGUCUAAGGACACAAGAAACAAAAUUGUAGACCUGCACCAGGCUGGGAAGACUGAAUCUGCAAUAGGUAAGCAGCUUGGUUUGAAGAAAUCAACUGUGGGAGCAAUUAUUAGGAAAUGGAAGACAUACAAGACCACUGAUAAUCUCCCUCGAUCUGGGGCUCCACGCAAGAUCUCACCCCGUGGGGUCAAAAUGAUCACAAGAACGGUGAGCAAAAAUCCCAGAACCACACGGAGGGACCUAGUGAAUGACCUGCAGAGAGCUGGGACCAAAGUAACAAAGCCUACCAUCAGUAACACACUACGCCGCCAGGGACUCAAAUCCUGCAGUGCCAGACGUGUCCCCCUGCUUAAGCCAGUACAUGUCCAGGCCCGUCUGAAGUUUGCUAGAGUGCAUUUGGAUGAUCCAGAAGAGGAUUGGGAGAAUGUCAUAUGGUCAGAUGAAACCAAAAUAGAACUUUUUGGUAAAAACUCAACUCGUCGUGUUUGGAGGACAAAGAAUGCUGAGUUGCAUCCAAAGAACACCAUACCUACUGUGAAGCAUGGGGGUGGAAACAUCAUGCUUUGGGGCUGUUUUUCUGCAAAGGGACCAGGACGACUGAUCUGUGUAAAGGAAAGAAUGAAUGGGGCCAUGUAUCGUGAGAUUUUGAGUGAAAACCUCCUUCCAUCAGCAAGGGCAUUGAAGAUGAAACGUGGCUGGGUCUUUCAGCAUGACAAUGAUCCCAAACACACCGCCCGGGCAACGAAGGAGUGGCUUCGUAAGAAGCAUUUCAAGGUCCUGGAGUGGCCUAGCCAGUCUCCAGAUCUCAACCCCAUAGAACAUCUUUGGAGGGAGUUGAAAGCGACAGCCCCAAAACAUCACUGUUCUAGAGGAGAUCUGCAUGGAGGAAUGGGCCAAAAUACCAGCAACAGUGUGUGUUAAACCUUGUGAAGACUUACAGAAAACGUUUGACCUGUGUCAUUGCCAACAAAGGGUGUAUAACAAAGUAUUGAGAAACUUUUGUUAUUGACCAAAUACUUAUUUUCCACCAUAAUUUGCAAAUAAAUUCAUUAAAAAUCCUACAAUGUGAUUUUCUGGAUUUUUUUUUCUCAUUUUGUCUGUCAUAGUUGACGUGUACCUAUGAUGAAAAUUACAGGCCUCUCUCAUCUUUUUAAGUGGGAGAACUUGCACAAUUGGUGGCUGACUAAAUACUUUUUUUCCCCCACUGUAUAUACACACACACACACACACACACACACACACACACACACAUACACACACACACACACACACACACACACACACACACACACACACACACACACACACAUACACACACACACAUAGUACAGUACAGCAGUGUUUCUGAACUCCAGUCCUCUAGUACCCUAUCUUAUCGUUGUGUCUUAACCCUGUGUAAGCUAUCUUAUCAGUGAAAGUGAUCUGUCUGGCCUCGAUCUCCUCUUUCUCUAAUGCCAUCUUACACUGAUUAACCAACCGGCUGGGGCUAAACGGGUCUACUUACCCCCUCAACCACACUCACUCCCAACACAUUAACACUGUCAGUCACAAACUAAUGGGUUCCAUUGAUUUAAAUUCUUACGAAGGGAGUCAGUAUCUUGAUCUUCCUCCUGUGCUCCUUUUCUGUGUUCUCUAUCUGAGUUAUUUGACCUGUUCUCUACCUGAGUUAUUUGACCUGUUCUCUACCUGAGUUAUUUGACCUGUUCUCUACCUGAGUUAUUUGACCUGUUCUCUACCUGAGUUAUUUGACCUGUUCUCUACCUGAGUUAUUUGACCUGUUCUCUACCUGAGUUAUUUGACCUGUUCUCUACCUGAGUUAUUUGACCUGUUCUCUACCUGAGUUAUUUGACCUGUUCUCUACCUGAGUUAUUUCACCCGUUCUCUACCUGAGUUAUUUCACCUGUUCUCUACCUGAGUUAUUUCACCUGUUCUCUACCUGAGUUAUUUCACCUGUUCUCUACCUGAGUUAUUUCACCUGUUCUCUACCUGAGUUAUUUCACCUGUUCUCUACCUGAGUUAUUUCACCUGUUCUCUACCUGAGUUAUUUCACCUGUUCUCUACCUGAGUUAUUUGACCUGUUCUCUACCUGAGUUAUUUGACCUGUUCUCUACCUGAGUUAUUUCACCUGUUCUCAACCUGAGUUCUCUUGAGUUGUCCUAGCUGUGUCCAGGUUAAGGAAGGAUGAUGUUCACCUGAGCAGUGACCAGCAUGUUUAUAUAAGGAGGCAUGUGUUACCUUAUAGUCCUGAUACGCAUCACACCCUCAUCUGUCUGACCUUCUCCAUCUCUCUGUAGUCAGAAUGUGUGUGUGUGUGUGUGUGUGUGUGUGUGUGUGUGUGUGUGUGUGUGUGUGUGUGAUAUCUUCUGUGGUCAUCUUACCCGGCUGUCUGUAACAGUAGUCUUACCUGUCCUGCCCCUGUCACCCAGUCCUGCCCCUGUCCCCCAGUCCUGCCCCUGUCCCCCAGUCCUGUCUGUGUGAGAUGUGUGGCUGAAGCUGUGUGUGUGAUAAAGGAUCUGUAGUGAGACUGGAGGAAAUCUAAUGAGACACACAGAGAGCUGAAGUUACAUUUACCCCCAUUUACAGGAGAAAAACGGUGUCUCGCUCUUUUUCUGCUAAUUUUAAUCUGUAUUUAUUACUAAUUUGUUUUCAAAGAUGUGAUAGAUUUAAAAGGGCAUGCAUUUUAUAUACUGUAUUUUAAUAUGUAAAAUCCUUCCAAUGGUGUAAUGUUGUCUCUCUCUCCAUCCCUCCUUCCUUAGUGCUGAUGGUAUGUACGAGGUGUCCUUCUACUCUAACGCGGUGGUCUCCCAUGACGGCAGUAUCUUCUGGCUGCCUCCAGCCAUCUACAAGUCAGCCUGUAAGAUCGAGGUCAAACACUUCCCCUUCGACCAGCAGAACUGCACCAUGAGGUUCCGCUCCUGGACCUACGACCGCACAGAGAUCGACCUGAUCCUGAGGUCCGACGUGGCCAGCAUGGAUGACUUCACGCCCAGCGGAGAGUGGGACAUCAUCGCCCUGCCGGGGCGUCGCAACGAGAACCCUGCCGACCCCACCUACGUAGACAUUACCUAUGACUUCAUCAUCCGCAGGAAACCUCUGUUCUACACCAUCAACCUCAUCAUCCCCUGUGUCCUCAUCACCUCUCUGGCUAUCUUAGUGUUCUAUCUGCCCUCUGACUGUGGAGAGAAGAUGACUCUGUGUAUCUCUGUCCUGCUGGCCCUCACUGUGUUCCUCCUGCUGAUCUCUAAGAUCGUCCCUCCCACCUCCCUGGACGUUCCUCUGGUCGGGAAGUACCUGAUGUUCACCAUGGUCCUGGUGACUUUCUCUAUUGUCACCAGUGUGUGUGUUCUCAACGUGCACCACCGCUCCCCUACCACACACACCAUGCCCCCCUGGGUCAAGCUGGUGUUCCUCAACAAACUGCCUGCGCUGCUCUUCAUGCGCCAGCCCCGGAACAGCUGCGAGCGCCAGAAGCUGCGGCAGCAACGGAGGGGCCAGGAGCAGAGGGAGAGGGGCAGAGAUGGGGGCUCCGCCGGGGGGCUGAUGGUGGGCCUGGGGCUGGGGGGCGAAGGGGGUGGCACGGAUAACAACGACCCCUGUACGUGCUAUGUGAACCGGGCGUCCGUGAAACAGUUUGUAGGGGAGCUGGGAGGGGGCGCAGGGGGAGGGGGGUCGAUGGAGGGGCUGAAUGGGCUGAGGGAGGGCAGGGAGGGGGGGCAGGGGAACCGGCCUCGGGGGAAUCAGGGAGGAGGGGGCCCAGCCCUGACCCAGGCCGUGCUAGGACAGGCCUGCCCUGGGUUCGAGGAGGCUGUCGACGGGGUCCGCUUCAUCGCCAACCACAUGAAGAGUGAAGAUGACGACCAGAGCGUGAGUAACAUAGAAAUACACCCUUUAUUCACCAUUCACUACCACUAUAUAUCACAUUAUAGAUCUGAUCUAUUGACCCUGUUUUGCCAUACACAUCAUAUAAUGUUACUCACACUAGGUCUAGAAGGCCAUAUAUCUACACUUAUUCACAGCAGAUAGGCCUGUUUCUAUUCAUGGGUUGCACGUUUCGUGACAAUAUUGUUUUGAACACACUGAUUUAAUCUAAAGUGCAUUACAGUGGCCUGGAAAUACAAUGACAUUUCAAAAGGUAGCAAAUAAUUAGUAGGAAGACAUUUUGACAUCAUGUUGAUGUCGCCAGAUUGACUGCAGUAUAAUGUUAGCUAGCUUGCUAAGAUUGAGGGGAGACCCGCGGAUUUGAACUAGCUAACGUUAGCAUUGCUAGCUAUUUUUGACAAACCUUGCUAGCUAAUGACAACAUCUGUUUAAAGGAAAUAUGACGACAUGAUAAUGAUGGCAAAGUUGUGUCCUACUAAAUAUUUGCCCACUUUAGCAAUCUAAUCGUAUUUCCAGGCCACUAUAGUGUAAUUUAGAUGAAACAGUCAUUAGCCUCCGUUCAGAAUGACUGGGCUUAUCACGAUUUUUGGGCACCACAAUGGUAGAGGGCGGCUUGAGAACGUUCAUAACAGCGGCAUGACACGACCGAGUGACGGGGGUGCAACCUAUAAAUAGCUACCACCUACUGCUACAAUCUAGGGAGAAUGACUAUGGGUGAAUGGUUAUGAAUUCAUGGGCUACACUUGUUCUGCUCUGAAUAUUCAACAUACAGUUUUAUUCUUAGCUACUGUAUGACAUCAGCAUUGUGAGUGAAUAAAACAGGGCUCACCCUACGUAGGAGUAGAGGAGUAGAAAGAGAGGAGGAUGAAUGACGGAGGGGGGGAUUUUUCCUUCGGUGGGCAGGGAGAGGGAGGGAGGAACAUUCUCCUGGAAUGAGAGACCCUGACAUAGUGAAUUAACAGUCCUCGUAAUUCUGUCCAUCAGCGCCACUCAUCAUCUCCAUGGUUACCGCCCGUCUCCAUGCCGACCGCUUUUAAGACCCACCUCAUCCUUCUUUCACUCCAUGUCCUCCCUCCUGCCCUCUUCAAGUCAUCAUCCAGGUCCUCCCUCCCCUUCCCUGCAGUACUCAUCCAUCUCUUAUUCCCCUACACCCGGUCUCUCUUUCUCUCUCCCCUCUCCUCCCCCUCUUUCAGUGUCAGACCUCAUCAGAGCUCUGUGGUGGAAUCCAGUCUCUACUCACAUUAACCUUUCAACUCUUCCUCUCACCCCCCCCCUUAAUUGGUGAGGGGGAGGGAAGGAGAGAGAGAGAGAGAGAGAGAGAGAGAGAGAGAGAGAGAGAGAGAGAGAGAGAGAGAGAGAGAGAGAGAGAGAGAGAGAGAGGUGAUGGAGGAAGAGAAGAAAAGAAAAGAGUGCUGUGUAUCCCUUCAUCGUCUACAGUGCCUUCAGAAAGUAUUCACCACUUGACUAAUAAAAAUAAAAAAAGCAGACAUUGAAUAUCCUUUUGAGCAUGUAAAGUUAUUAAUUACACUUUGGAUGGUGUAUCAAUACGCCCAGUCACUACAAAGAUACAGGCGUCCUUCCUAACUCAGUUGCCAGAGAGCAAGGAAACCUCUCAGGGAUUUCACCAUGAACCCAAUGGUGACUUUAAUACAGUUACAGAGUUUAAUGGCUGUGAUAUGAGAAAAAUUAGGAUGGAUAAAAAAUAUUGUAGUUUCUUCACAAUACUAACUUAGAUGACAGAGUGAAAAGAAGGAAGCCUGUACAAAAUUAAAAUAUUUCAAAACAUGCAUCUUGUUUGCAACAAGGCACCAAAGUAAUACUGCAAAAAAUGCGGCAUGAAUACAAAGCGUUAUGUUUGGGGCUAAUCUGACACAACACAUUAAUGAGUAUCACUCUUCAUAUUUUCAAGCAUGGUGGUGGCUGCAUCAUGUUAUGGGUAUGCUUGUCAUCGGCAAGGACUAGGGAGUUUUUUAGGAUAAAAAUAAAUGGAAUAGAGCUAAGCACGGCAAAAUCCUAGAGGAAAACCUGGUUCAGUCUGCUUUUCAGCAGACACUGGGAGACAAAUUCACCUUUCAGCAGGACAAUAACCUAAAACACAAGGCCAAAUAUACACUGGAGUUGCUUACCUAACACAACAUUGAAUGUUCCUGAGUGGCCUAGUUACAGUUUUGACUUAAAUUGACUUGAAAAUAUAUGGCAAGACUUGAAAAUGGCUGUCUAGCAAUGACCAACAACCAACUUGACAGAGCUUGAAGAAUUUUUAAAAGAAUAAUGGGCAGAUAUUGUACAAUCCAGGUGUGCAAAGCCCUUAGAGACUUACCCAGAAAGACUCACAGCUGUAAUCACAGACAAAUGUGAUUUUAACAUGUAUUGACUCAGGGGUGUGAAUACUUAUCUAAUCAAGAUACUGUAUAUUAGUGUUUUAUUUUCCAUAAAUACAAUUAUUAUUAUUACUUAUUUUUUACUGUGACAUUACAGAGUAUUUUGUGUUGAUCGUUGACAACAAAAUGACAAUUAAAUCCAUUUGAAUCCCACCUUGUAACACAACAAAAUGUGGAAAAAGUCAAAGGGUGUGAAUACUUCCUGAAACCAUUCUACGUAUAGAAACCUCUGCCUACCCCCUCUUCAGGUGAGCGAGGACUGGAAGUAUGUUGCGAUGGUGAUUGACCGUCUGUUCCUGUGGAUCUUUAUAAUCGUGUGUGUGUCCGGAACGGUCGGGAUGUUCCUGCAGCCACUGUUCCAGAACUACACUGCCAAGACCAUCACCAACACCAACGGCUGACCAACCAGGUGCCCCGCAGCCUCGAUGGACACCACCCCCAUCCAAUCAGCACAGCAGGACAGGGGCAGGAGGGAGGGACCUGGGUUUUAUUAAGUCUGUGGACAGCAGCCACACCUGUUAACCUUUAUGGCCUUUCUACUGAACUGUUCUGAACUGAAUAACUAAACUAAACACCAACAGUAUUAAAUACGUUAUUUUUUUCAGAGGAGGGAUAAAUGGAUGGACAUAUCUUCCUUUUUUCCCAGAGGAAGGUGGAGAUAUCCCUCUCCUCUCUCCCUCUGAGUGGUAAGCGGCAGAAGCCAAUCAGGGAGAGAGGACACUCUCUAUAGUGGUUGACUUCCUGUAGAACGCUACGCCAGCCAAUCAAUGCUCUUCAUUCCAAGCUGACUGUGAAAGCUUACUGAGAGUUUAUCGUCCCACCUCCAACUGGUACAGAACUUAAUGCUUCAGUAACAGAACCUUGAUUGGCGAUUGUGUCAACCAAUCAGAUAAAUGGAAAGGCGGUGGGGGGUGUCAAGGUUCAUAAUUGUUUUUCCAAGCCGCUUCUGUUUAACCAAACUGAUAGUACAGUACAGUAUAUUUUAUCAUAGAAUAGCAGUGUACCACAGUAUAGCUUUGAGUGUAAUAUUAUUGUGAUUUCUCUGUGUCUGUUCCUGAUAGAAAGGUAUGGUGCAGUGGUUUGUUGUAUGAUUCUCUACGUUUUUAAACAAGAAUGUGAUAUUACCUGUGACACAGACACUAACACUAUAUGUGUAGAAGCGACAGAUGGUGAAGGAGAGGGAUGAAAGAGAGAGGGAUAGUGACAGGGAGUUAGAUGGAAUGAGAGGGAGUAGUUACGGUGAAUCCCAAACCACCCCCUCGCCCCUACCAACUCCCUGGGAGGGCCCUCCGUUGUCACGUGUUGCUGACGAAACUCCAAGGGUGACUUCCAGAGAGUAGCGAGGGGAUCAAUAAACCCAUCAAUUUUGGGACACACUCGUGACUUGAAUUAUGCUUUUGUGUUCCUUUUUAAAUAAUAAAACAAGUAUGAAAUUCAAAUGAACAAAUAACCCCUGUUGCUUUACAAGAUUGAAACAGUUAAACGUUUAAUUUGGGAGGUAUUUAAUCCGUUACAUGUGUAAAGUCUCUGAAUCAGACAUAAACAAAUGCAUGUUGAAUAUAAAUAUAAUAUGCACGCCUCUCAAUUUUAAAAAAUGUAAUUGGGCAAACUCCAAAUAUAUUGCAGUGUGUGUCGGGAUAGUACUUCGCUCUGAAGCCUGCAUCCAUGCUGGCUAAGUUGAAGUGGCCAUAGGAGGUUCUAACUAGACCUUACACCCUCCAUAAUUUUCACUCCCUCAGCUUUGGGACACUUGUGCAAAUGGCGGAGGCGCGCGUGAAUGUGCAAAUGGAGUGCCGAGGGGCCAGGCGAAGGGGGUGAUUUGGGAUUCAGCCUUAGAUAGAGAAAGAUAAAGGUGUAGGAUGUCUGCCUAUACAGCUCUAUUGGGAUAAUAGCAGCCUGUGCCAUCGGGUACAGUUGCAAGGGGAUGAGUCUAGAUUCAGUCCGUUCCUGGGAAACUGAGACUGGGUUGCGCCAAUAUGGAGUAAAUUCCCUCCUUUUACAGUUGAGCCAUGAUUGCACAAAAUUGUGUGGUCGAAUAUAGAACUGACAGAUGAUAUGUAUUGUUGGAAUAAUGAUGUUUUCUCAUGAAACAGAAGCUAUUGUGUGUUACGAAUGUUUGCACAAAUGUUAAUUUCUGUCAUCGCUGUGAUUCACAUUAUCAGAGUAAGACAGUGUCUCACUCUUUCUCUGUCCUCUCCUCUUCUCCUUCCCCCUCCUCUCCUCUCCUCCUUCCCCCUCCUCUCCUCUCCUCCUUCCCCCUCCUCUCCUCCCACUCUCAGAUUGUGUUGUGCUCUGUAGCUGACUGCCCAGUGUGUAACGGUGUGUAAUGCUGUAUCAGAUGGAAUGUGCAAGAGAGCUUACUUCCCUCGCUGUCUCACCUCUUCCCUCCAUCCCCCCUCGCUCUCUCUGGACAUCUCUAGUAUAGACGUUGAUUGUAAUUAGGGUAAUGACCAGCCCACCUACACACUGAAGCACUACCCUCCUCUCCUCCGCCCCCACUCCUGCUCUCUCAACCCCCUCCUCCCUUUCUAUACUUUUUCCAUCUCCUCCCCUCUUCUCUGUCCAUCUCUGAACCACAGAUUCCUCAUGUUAUGUUCCCUCUGUCGAUCUCUCUCCAUCCCUCUGUCCCUGCUCCCUCUGAAUCUGGCUAUAACAGGUCCUGGUGGGGUGGGAUUUGGACAAGCACGCACACACACAAACACACACACAGAGGGACAGCCAGAACAAUAUACCUCCAGCUGAGUGUUAGCUGUGUGUUAACUGCCAUCCUGAGUGAUCCCCUUCCAUGACCUUACGUCACUCUGUGGGACACAGGCUUUUCACAGUGGGUUAGCCCAGGACAUCCCCAGGAGAACCCCAGGACAUCCGCAGGAGAGGCCCAGGAGAACCCCAGGACAUCCCCAGGAGAACCCCAGGACAUCUGCAGGAGAGGCCCAGGAGAACCCCAGGACAUCCGCAGGAGAACCCCAGGACAUCCCCAGGAGAGGCCCAGGAGAACCCCAGGACAUCCCCAGGGGAACCCCAGGACAUCCCCAGGAGAGGCCCAGGAGUGUGAAAAGCCUAUCAGAGAGCUGUGAAAUCCUGUGGAGUGGAGUGGUGUCCUCUCUUUUCCUCCAGGCCCUGGCUGUAGAGCUGUGA